GUCAAUUGAAAGGACAUAAGAAAGAGAUAAAUCUUAUUCGCUCUUCGUUCAUUUGUAUUUCUCCUUAAUCACCGACCAUUCAAAGGAAGCCAUUGAAAAAGUUCACAGCAGAGGAGAAUUUAUGCAAUCUCGCGGUUUUUAUGUCCAGCCCGUAAAACAUUUUUAUAGCCCUGAUGAAUCUGUUGUACCGCUGGCCUGAUUUUUCCAAUGUUGCAGUGAAAGGGGAGUAGAUGGCUUCCACGAUACAAUACAUAUUUUAGCGGGUUUCUUAUUGCUGUUUUUUCAUCGCUUUUCGGCGCCGCAGCGGCUAACGUCGAAGCGAAAUUCGAAUUAACAUAGAGUGGAUUCUGUUGUAGUUAUGGCGGAAAAGAAUCUUGGACCAUUAGACUCGAGAUGAACGCAUGCGCAGACUGUCACACAGAACAAGAUAAUUUUGCGGUAAUCAACAAGAAAGAUUCCUCGAAAAUCUUGUUUGCGCUAAGCUGGAGGGCAGCUUCGCGAAUUAAAAAAGCGUCUAUUUUGGGAUUUCCUUGUCAAAGUCCGAGUUUACAAGCUUCUAUAACGAUCUGAAUUGAGUCGUCACACAGACUUUCUCCCCUUGCUGUUGACUGUACUGGUCUGGGUCACAGUCAUGGCUCUGGGAGUCCUGUCUGUGUUGUGCUGGAAGCGGUUCAGGAACCUCUCUUUCAUGGAGCAGUUUCUGGACUACAGACAGGUUCCAACAGCAACUGAAGCCAACGAAAAUACUCAAGAAAUAAGGAAUGGACACGCUACAGAGGUCAAGGAAACACUUGAUGAAGAAGAAAAUGACGAGAAAGCUACCUCAGAGAAGAAGCAGAAGCCAACUCCUCGCCAGUAUCCUUCCCAGCCUCCUCCUCCGUGGAUCCCUAAACCGGAAGUUAGUGUGGUUUCUGUUCAGCCCCAAGACUCCUCAAUUAAAGACGACGACGAAAUCCCUUAUUCUAGUUCAGAUGAAGAACCAAUGCCGUCUCCAGCAACUCAGGAAACUAUGACGCCCUACGAUCUAUCGGACACGGGCCCCGUAAAGCGCUUUAUUCCUCCGAGCGAGGCAGAUUUCCUUGGUCGAGUGUAUUUUUCGCUGCAGUUUGACUCCAAUCGGAAUGUGUUGAUUGUAAAGUUGAUCAAAGGGGAGGAAUUUCCGCAAUACGCCGGAGACUCUCCAAAUGUCUUCCUUGAACUUAAACUAGUUCCAGCCAUGAAGAAAGAAAUUCUCAAAACUGACAUUCACGAAAGAAAUUCGAAUCCCAACUUAAACGAAAUUUUCGAAUUUGGUUUACCUUACGAUCUGGUGAAACAGCAGAACCUUAGUUUUACAGUUACGUACAUGGACAAAUUUUCGCAGCCCUUCCCUGUGGGGGAAGUAACGCAUCACCUGGAUCACUUAGAGAGGGUGGGUGGCGAAACAGUUCGAGAAGAGAUGAUCGUCUGUAGGGAAAUACAAAGAUUACAGCAGGUAAAAGAUCAACCACGUGACUUAGGCUUCGGUCAGGUGUUGUUCUCGCUUAUGUUUAUGCCGCUGACCAGACGACUAACGAUCGUUAUUUUCAAGGCGCAGCAUCUAAAGCCCGCCAAGGACGGCUUCCCAGCCAUUUACGCUGAAGUUGUAAUGAUUAACGUCAAAAGGAGACAACGAAAGCGAAAAACAACAACUCUACGAACAGGAAGCUUAUUUCCAGUUUACAACGAAGCUUUAGCAUUCGACGUGGCUGAUGCUAACCUAGAAGACAUUCGUUUGCAAGUAUUUAUUAAACAGGAGCUGGAAAGUUCUCCUGAUCAAGUUGUAGGUCGCGUGGUCCUGGGGACUAACGCAGAGGGCCUGGAACUACAGCACUGGAAAGAGGCUAUGACGUCAAAGAAACCUAUCGCUCAGUGGCACAGCUUACGUGAAUAUCACCCUGCCGAUCAGACUAUAACUGGUGUCGCAUCACCGACACACAAGUCUGUUAUAUCGAAAAGAAAACUUGCCAAGUUCUUCUCUACAUCAUCAGAGGAUGAGGGAUGAAAAGAUUUUCAUUGAAAAAAAAAAAUACAAGUGUGCUGUUAUUCAUGGGACUGAGUCCCAAGAAUGUGCACGUCGCUAUCUGUUUCCUAGGCAACAGUGACUAUAAGGACGAAGACAGCGAUGACGACGGUGCUGUCAUUCGUUUACUCGUACCCAGGUCACAAUGUUUCUUUUACUUUGCCGAUGCCUGAAGAAACAGACCGACGCACGCGCACGGAGUGAUUACAAAUUCACUUUCAUAUUCAAAAUCAUGACCCUAUUCCCGUCUAAUUUUUCUUUGCUCCAAAAUCCAAAGCACUUGGGAAUGUAAGACAAAAAUUGCUUAUGGUCUUAAAUAUUUCUUUUAAUCCAGAACUAAAUCUGGUCGUUUAAAACUGUUAAGCCUCUAAGGGAUGUUUCUACGAUUCCAAGGUGUAAUUCGAUCGCCACAAUCUCAUUCAUAAUUGCAGUGCAGUUUGAGGUUAUAAAUUUAAAGUUCAGUGAAUGAGUAUUUGAUAACUUAAAACUGAACUUGAACCUGAAAACAACGAGGCUUGGGCAUUUGAUGAUUUUGAUUCCCCCAAAGGCGUUGGGAAAAUCUGACGCAGUGCACAGCAACUUGAGCUGUUGUGCGUCCAACAUUGAACACUCAAGAGCAUUAGUUUGAACUCGUAAGGGGAUCGGAUAAACCGUUCCUUAUCCAUGAGUAAAUGUGAUGUCUUUGUCGAAUGCAGCUUGGGCUAAACAAUACUGCGGGAGGACCUUUUUCCUCAAAGUUUGAUGGCCAAGUGGAGUACGGUGAAUGUACAAACCUGAAAGAAAGUCAGUAAUAAACGAGUACUAUUUUUUGUG